AUGGAAUAUUUCCGAUUCCGACUGUUUCAAGCUUAUGAUUCCCGGCCUCUUACGACCCCAAUUUUCGAUCUUCAGAAAUCAGCAUUUAAAAACAAGGAACCAUUCGCAACACCAGUGACCACAUCCAGCUUCGGUCCUACUGCACCAGACAGCCCCGGUUGCGAUAUGUCACAGGAUGACCAAGUCACGGAAGAGAUGCUAUUUGACAGUGAGGAUCCAGACUCCAAUCGAUAUGAAGACGCCUUAUAUCGUCUGGGAGUUCGAACGGCUGACGGCAAAGAUAUCAUCUGUAUGGAUACAGACAGACUUCCGAAGAAAGAUCACUUUAAAAAUAGGGAGGAAUUCAAACAGGCCGUGAGAGAAUUGACCUCAUACCUUGAAGCUUUUAUCCUCACUUACGUGGACACGCAUCACUUUUUGAUUGUCGUUCAUGGCGGCAGUGAAAAAUGCGCCAUCAAGGAUGGGCUAGGGAAAAAGAUAUAUAAAAAACUAAAGAAUGGUUUCCUGGAUCGCUUGUCUAAAUGCAUCAUCUUCAAACCACAGAAGAAACUUAAGGCACUUGGUCUUUUCCUUCGUCCAUUUCUCAAUAGAGAAAUGAAGCAAAGGAUUGCUAUGACAAGGUCCAAAAGGUACCUUAAUGAUAUCCAAGGUAUACCGGAUUUUGUCACCAAACACCUUUAA